AUCAUACAGUUUCUAGCCUGGUUUUCUUUCGCGAUAGAGUUUCGAGGGAAACGUUAUCCUAAAAGCAACCAAUACAGAAUUCCGCAAUGUGAGUAUGGCAUUGGCUACAGUGCUUCAAUUCUCAUUUGCUCCGGUAGCCGGACCACCCACCAGACGACGGCAACAGAUUCGCUCCUCAGCCGACCGCCAGGCUCUCUUCAGUCGCAUCGCACCUGUCUACGAUAACUUGAAUGACGUGUUGAGUUUGGGGCAACAUCGCAUAUGGAAACGAAUGGCAGUUAAUUGGAGUGGGGCAAAAGAAGGGAAUAAUGUGUUGGAUUUGUGUUGUGGAAGUGGGGAUUUGGCAUUUCUUUUGUCUCAAAAGGUUGGACUCAAUGGCCAGGUUACUGGCCUUGAUUUCUCUAGAGAACAACUAAUUGUCGCUUCAAAGAGACAACAAUUACGUGCAAAAGCCUGCUAUUGUAAUCUUAAGUGGGUGGAAGGCGAUGCAGUUGAUUUGCCAUAUCCUGAUUGUUAUUUUGAUGCAAUUACUAUUGGAUAUGGGCUACGAAAUGUAGUUGAUAAAUAUAAGGCAAUGAAGGAGGUUUAUCGAGUUUUAAAACCAGGUUCUAAAGCAUCAAUACUUGACUUCAAUAAAAGCACUGAUGAAUUUAGAACAUCUAUUCAGGGAUGGAUGAUAGACAAUAUAGUUGUGCCUGUAGCAGCUGGAUAUGGUCUUACAGAGGAGUAUCGAUAUCUAAAGAGCUCAAUUCAAGAAUUUUUAACAGGUGAGGAAUUGGAGCAUCUUGCAUUGGAAUCAGGUUUUUCAAGUGCAAAACAUUAUGAAAUUAGUGGAGGACUCAUGGGCAACUUGGUUGCUACACGAUAAAGCAAGCUCAUAAAUGUUGCUAAUUAUUCGUUUUCGUCACAAGAGAUUUGUAAUAAAAAGGCUUAAUUUGCUAUUAAAACUCUUACGUACAUGCAUUUUGCUUCAUUUAUUCGAACUUAUGUUUAUUAGGAA